CCAAAAUAAAAAUUAAAUGUAAAUUAUUUAACACUAACUAGUUUAUCUACCGUUUGCCCAAUGCUCAUCAUCACCAAGUUUAAUUUCAAAAUGGUCCAUGGGAGAAUUUUAUAUAUUUUUCAUUUAAUUUCGAAAAAGAAAUUAAGGUUUUUGCCCAAUCUAAUGUAAAAUAUCUGACGGCUAAGAUUGGAAGUCACCACUAAAAAAUUUAUAAAACCCCAAUCUCAGUUUUAAAGUCUAUUAAGGGCUCCAAAAUAGAAGAGAAUCCUUUUUCAACAAAAAACGAAUUUCAGUAUCACAAAAGGAGAGAGAAAGAGAAAGAAGAAAACAAAGAAGAUAUGGCGGGAAUAGUAAAGGCAACUCCAUUGACGUUUGUGGUACACGCGCUUGCAGUAGUGAGUGCAGUUAUGGUAUUGAUCUGGUGUAUUCAUUACAGAGGUGGUUUAGCCUGGGAAGCUACUGAUAAAAGUCUCAUCUUCAACAUUCACCCUGUUCUGAUGUUAAUCGGUUUCAUCAUACUUGGGGGUGAAGCAAUUAUAAGCUACAAAUCUCUGCCCUUGAAGAAAGAUGUGAAGAAAAUAAUUCAUUUAGUGUUGCAUGCUAUUGCACUAAUUCUUGGUAUAAUCGGAGUAUGGGCUGCUUUCAAGUUCCACAAUGAGAGUGGAAUCCUUAACUUGUACAGUUUACAUUCUUGGCUUGGUAUCGGCACCAUCAGCCUCUACGGCAUUCAAUGGAUAUAUGGAUUUGUAGUAUUCUUCUACCCAGGAGGAAACACUUCCAUUAGAAGCGAAUCCCUUCCAUGGCAUGUUUUGUUUGGGAUCUUUGUAUAUGCAUUAGCCAUUGCUACUGCAGCAAUUGGAUUCUUGGAGAAGCUCACAUUCCUUCAAAAUGGAGGCCUCGACAAAUUCGGUUCCGAAGCUUUUCUUGUUAACUUCACUGCCAUUGCCACUAUCCUUUUUGGUGCCUUUGUUUUGUUGACUGUUUAUGCUCAGAAAGAUCAGGAAGAAGAAGACUAUGCAGGUAGUUAUUCUGCUAUUUGAAUUUCUGGGAUCCGUAGCGGAUCCGGAUAUCUGAAUUUCAAAACCCGGAUUCAAAUAUCUAAUAUUUUGGAUCGUAUGCAAUUAUGGUACGUUGUUGCUAUGUGUAUGAAUAUUACUUUGGGGUUUCUUGUAUCAACUUUUGUAUUACUUUCUAUUCUUUUAAAGAGUAAACUUGUGUUGUAAACUUAGUAGUAAAUAGCAAUAAUCUUGUUCAUGAUGCGAAAUAUGUUAGUACCUUUUUUUGAACAAUAAAAUAUUGAUUUGUAAUAGAUUUUGUGUA